CAGCGGGUGGGGAGAUGGGUUGGAAACCGGCUUCGGUGCAGAAGGACAGCAUUCCAGCCACAGGAGGUUGGGGAUCCCGGGCUGUGUGGAGCCGGGCCUGCAACAGAGAGGGGCCCCUCCCUUCCCAGGAAUGCCUCGGCCCAGCGCUAGGAGCUGCGACACGUCAGCCAAUCAGCUCAGGCCCUGCCCUGGAAACAACACCUGUUAAUCCUUCCCCCACCCCCAAGCUCACCAGAGCACAGGUUAAGCAGGUGAAGUGUCCUCCCCGGAAACGGAGCUAGAGCGCCCCACCUGCCCGGCCCUACCUGCAUGGCUCGGAUCCGGCACUUCCAGGCUUCUUGUGAUGAUGCCUUCACCCCGGACCGUGAGAGGAGUGGAACUCCGGGCCCCCAGCUGCCAGGACAGGAUCUGCACCCUCUGAACCCUGACACUGACCUUCUGCCCUGAUCUGCCAGAGCAAGCCAUGUCUAGACAAGAGGCCCAAGCCCCAAGGACCCAGGAGCUGCCCCCAGAGGUGCUGGCAGAGCAGGUGGAACUAUGGUGGUCCCAGCAGCCGCGACGCUCAGCGCUCUGCUUCGCCGUGGCCGUGGGCCUCGUGGCGGGCUGUGGGGCAGGUGGUGUGGUGCUGCUUUCCUCCACCAGCAGCCGUUCCGGUGAAUGGCGUCUGGCAGCAGGCACUGUGCUCUGUCUGCUGGCCCUGCUAGUUCUGGUGAAGCAGCUGAUGAGCUCAGCCGUCCAAGACAUGAACUGCAUCCGCCAGGCCCACCAUGUGGCCCUGCUGCGCAGUGGCGGGGGCGCCGAUGCCCUCGUGGUGCUGCUAAGUGGCCUGGUGCUGCUGGUCACGGGCCUGACCCUGGCUGGACUGGCCGCCGCCCCUGCUCCUGCCCGGCCGCUCGCCGCCAUGCUGUCUGUAGGCAUUGCCCUGGCUGCCUUGGGUGCACUCCUGCUGCUGGGCUUGCUGCUGUAUGAGGUGGGCGUGAGUGGGUACUGUCCCCCCAUUGGCGUGACUGCACCUCCCACCCACAGUGGACACGGCGGCAGUGGCAGCAUCUUCAGUGUCUCAGGACAGUUGUCUGCCGGCCAGCGCCAGGGGACUACCUCCAGCAUCGCCAACCUCCUCUGACAGGGCCUCAGCCCUGUUUGCCACCACUGCCUUGGCGUCCCCGAGCCUACCC